AUGGCCAUGCAGGAGAAGUACCCAAGUGAGAGAAUCUCCCAGGCCAAUUCACCAGGUUCCAGUGUGAUUCAGAAGGGUAGUUCCCUGGGGACUGAAUGGCAGACCCCUGUUAUCUCAGAGGCCUUUCGGAGCCGCUUCAGCCGCUGUUCAAGUGUAGCUGACAGUGGGGACACAGCCAUUGGCACAUCAUGCUCAGAUAUUGCAGAGGAUUUUUGCAGUUCAAGUGGCAGCCCUUCUUUCCAGCCCAUCAAAAGCCACGUAACCAUUCCAACAGCCCAUGUGAUGCCUUCUACUUUGGGGACCUCUCCUGCCAAGCCAAAUUCUACACCUGCUGGACCCUCUUCUUCCAAACUUCCUUUGUCAGGGUUGGCUGAAAAUGUAGGGAUGACAAGAAAUGGAGACCUUGGUGCAAUGAAACGUUCUCCAGGUCUGUCUAGAGAUCUGAUGUAUCUCUGUGGUGCUGCUGGAGAAAAUGGAAUUGAACAGUCAUGGUUUCCAGCAGUGGGCCAUGAAAGAGAGAAAGAGGUGAAGAAGUUUGAUAUUCCCAGCAUGGAGUCUACCCUCAAUCAAUCAGUGAUAAUGGAGUCACUUUAUUCAGAUCCCCACUACCGAGUCCACUUCCACAAUCCAAGAGCUGACACAAAGAAGGAGUUGUACAAAGUGUUGCCUGAGGCCAAGAAGGCACCAGGCAGCGGGGCUGUAUAUGAGCGGAAUGGACCACACCCUAGCAGCAGUGGGGUGCUUCCUUUGGGACUCCAGCCUGCUCCUGGGCUCUCAAAACCUCUACCGUCUCAGGUAUGGCUGCCGAGUCCUGACCCUUGGCAUCCCCGUGAGCGAUCCUGUGAACUCAGCACUUGUCGACAGCAGCUGGAGUUGAUUCGUUUACAGAUGGAGCAAAUGCAGCUUCAGAAUGGAGCCAUCUGCCAUCAUCCUGCUGCUUUUGGUCCUUCACUGCCCACCUUGGAGCCAGCACAGUGGAUCAGUAUCUUGAAUAGUAAUGAAAACCUCCUAAAGGAAAAGGAGCUCCUCAUUGACAAGCAGAGAAAACACAUCUCACAGCUGGAACAGAAAGUACGAGAGAGUGAACUGCAAGUCCACAGUGCCCUUUUGGGCCGCCCUGCUCCCUUUGGGGAUGUCUGCUUGCUGAGGCUACAGGAAUUGCAGAGAGAAAACACUUUCUUACGUGCACAGUUUGCUCAGAAGACAGAAGCCCUGAGCAAGGAAAAGAUUGAGCUUGAAAAGAAACUCUCUGCUUCAGAAGUUGAAGUCCAGCUCAUCAGAGAGUCACUCAAAGUGGCAUUGCAGAAGCAUUCGGAGGAGGGGAAGAAACAGGAAGAAAGGGUCAAAGGUCGUGAUAAACACAUCAAUAAUCUGAAAAAGAAAUGUCAGAAGGAAUCAGAGCAGAACCGGGAGAAGCAGCAACGUAUUGAAACUUUGGAGCGUUACCUGGCUGACCUGCCCACCCUGGAAGACCAUCAGAAGCAGAGCCAGCAGCUUAAAGAUUCUGAAUUGAGGAGCACAGAGCUUCAGGAGAGAGUGACUGAGCUGGAGAGUUUGCUGGAGGAGACCCAGGCAGGCUGCAGGGAGAAAGAGGCUCAACUGGAAAGCCUGAGACAGAGAGAAGCCACUAGACAAAGCCUGCAAGAUAAGCAGUGUGUGAAGAAGGCCAGUGGAGAAAGUCCAGCCCAGCAGGGAGAAGGUCUGAAUGUGGAAAUGGAUUCCUGGCGGAAGGAACGUGAUUCCCUCCAAAAGGUUGUAGAGAAGCAGAAGCAGGAAAUGGACCAGUUGCAUUCACAAGUACAGAGCCUAGAACAGGAAGUGGCUCAAGAAGAAGGAACAAGCCAGGCCCUGAGGGAAGAGGCCCAGCGGAGGGAGACGGCUCUGCAGCAGCUGCGCACAGCUGUUAAGGAGCUUUCAGUGCAAAACCAGGACCUGAUUGAGAAGAAUUUGACACUCCAGGAACAUCUCCGUCAAGUCCAGCCAGUGUCUCCACCUUCACCAGACAUGGCCCAGUUGGCACUUGAACUAUACCAGGAGUUGGCCAGUUGUUUUCAAGAUCUACAGGCUGUCUGCAGCAUUGUGACCCAGAGGGCGCAAGGCCACGAUCCCAAUCUCUCCCUGCUCUUGGGCAUUCACUCUACACAGCACCCAGGGACUCAGCUAGACUUGCAGAAGCCGGAUGUGAUCAGAAAGAAGCUAGAGGAGGUUCAGCAGCUGCGCUGUGACAUCGAGGAUUUGAGGACCACCAUGUCAGACAGAUAUGCCCAGGACAUGGGAGAAAAUUGUGUGACACAGUGA